GUCAUUUGUGGUGAUUUGUCUAUGGUCUUUAUUUAUUACCAAAAUUACAAAUUCUUAUAUUUUUUGUUUACAAUUUUUAAAGAAAUUUCAACGUACGACGAUGAGUUAGAAUGAUAAAACUGAAGAACAAUGAUAGUAUUUCGACGAGAAACAAUAUAAACAUCUCUUUCGUAGGUCUACUUCUUCUAAACCUUCGCGAUGGGCUGUUUUCAAAGUAAAAAAGAAUCUUCUGACUUACACCCUAACGUAUUUCGUGUUGUUAACAUCGACGAAAAUGGUGGAGAUCUUUGUACAGGGCAGCUGGAAAUAACUGAAACAGAUAUAGUUUUGUAUCGAGAGGGGAGAGAAUCUACUGUUUGGCCACUGCAUUCUCUCAGGCGAUAUGGAUUUGAAGGAGAGAUAUUUAGUUUUGAGUCAGGUAGAAGAUGUGAAACAGGAGAAGGUAUAUAUGCAUUUAGAUGUCGUAGAGCAUCAAUAUUGUUCCAAGCACUACAACAACAGAUUCAAUUGAGAAAUGUUGUGCACGAUUCAGUGCAAUACCCUGUGUCCAGGCUCUCUCCCUCGCCGCAGGGCAGACAAACAUUGCAGGCUAGCGUUAUUCACCGUUCCUCUAUAGACAACGGUCAAUCAGAUAGUUUAGGUCAAAACUUUAACAACAACCACACAAAUGCUGCUAUGCCAGGAAUUCCACCAACAUUACCGACAAUAGCUCAGUCACCUCGCUCGCCAUCAAGUGCUGAUAUUUUGGAAGUCAUGCCUUUAUAUCCCAGACCCCAAGCCAGCAGUAACCAUGUCACCAAUGUUUACCAAAUUAGAGAUUUUAAACGUGAACAUAAUAAUAACCAAUCAGAAAUGGUGGCUGACCACAGACAUGUGUACUCCAAUGACUUCAACAGAGAUCUAGCUAUCCUUCGAAACACAUUGAGACAGGAGACAGCAUUGAAUACUAUAAGAGACAUUGAAGACGAAACAAAUUUUCUUGAAAAUAGGUAUGUAGAUGAAAAACCAAAAAGUGAUUCUGAUAAAAAUCUUUUAUCUCCCACAAUGAGUACAUCUAGUGAGCAUUAUGCACAAUUGAGUUUAGAACAACAGGAGCCUGCUAGACUAUAUGUCAAUGUACCACCGAAUGACAAUACUGCUCAUGAAACAAGUAAAAGUGAACCUGCCCCUACCACUCCACUUACACCCAAACAAGUAGAGUACUGCAAUCUGACAGUUGGGACAAAAAUUGAAAUAAACACUUACGCUAACUUGAUGCUUGGCGAUAUACCUGACAGUGUACAAAACAGUAACCAAAUUAUGAAUAUUUCUGACCGCAGUCAGAAGUUUUCUGAAUCAGAUACUUUUGCAUCAAUGUCGCCAGUUGAAGACCUCAACUAUGCUAUUCUUGACAUGGAUACAAAUAAGGAUAGCAUAAGAGAUGUAGAUGGUGUAAAAAGUGAUAGUGCAACGCAGUCUCGUGGCAGAAUGGUCUCCCAGAGCAGCAUAGACAGAAACGCAGCUACCAACACAACCAAUCCUGCCCCCAGUGCUAGCAUUGGCUAUACAACCAUUGAUUUUGAAAAAACUGUAGCAUUAACAUCUGUGGCAGCGGGGGCAGAACUCAGCCACUUGGAUGGUAUGAGGAACUCUUUCAGCAUCAUGUGCGGUAGUCCAGAUUCUGCAGAUCAGAGUCGUGACAAAAACUGAUAUUCAAUAUUCCAAAUGCUCAGAAGUAGCAGAAAUAACUAGAACUUUUAAAAGUGGUAAUAUUAAAGACAGUGUUAUUUAGAGACAACUUUGUUUAUAAAAUAUAUACCAAAAUAAUGAACAUGAUAAAAGCCAAAGUAGAAUGUUUAUCUAAACCAAAGUGAUUAAUGCUAGUACAACAUUAAUUAUUAUUAUUACUAUUAAUAAUUGAUACAAUCAUUUGUAUACACAAGAAAUAACAAAACUUUGAUUGGUCUACUACAGUCUAAAAUCAUAGACUCGGGGAAUAUAGAAGGUGUGUGAUUGUGAAAAGCUCAAUUAUUGUUAUUUAAAAUGCAUAUCUUUAAAUAUGUGAAACAAUCUGUGCGCUCUGUUUAUAAUUAUAUUCACUUUUAAUUGUUAAACAUCUGUGUAAUUCAGUGUUUUUUAAAGAAGGAAUUUGUUCCUGAAUUCUGAAUGAAAUGAAUAUUGCUUUUUUUGUGGUAAUAACACCACAACCAAUGAUAAUGAGCGCACACAUGCACAAUUUUGUCUUUAAUUCCAUUAUAUAUUUAUGUAUAUAUAGUUUUUACACUUCCUGAACACACAACUUGACAUUGUAGGCGAUAUUUAGGUAUUAUUUGUUUAAAUAACGUUCGUUGUUGACCACAACUAACAUUGAGUUGACUAUAAAUUUCCUCUUUUGAGUGCCUCAUUUUUCAUGUGUUAGUAACACAUCUAGUAUUUAAUAUUAAUAUAAUUGACCACAACACUACCAGUUGCAGUUAUAAAGCUGUUCUCAAGGAUUUUGUAAAUAACUUGUAAACUUUUUUAUGUUGAUUCUAUUUUCUCUUCUUAUAUUGUCCAUUGAGAACUUUAAGUAAUUAAAUUCUUUGUACAGACUAUUCUAAACAUAUUUAGCUUUGAUCUAUAAAUUUAAAGUUUCAUAAUUCCCUGUAGCAAAUAAGUAAGAAACAAAAGUUUAGAAAUUAUUGUACCUGUAAAUAAAUGUGAGUAGUAAAUUAAGGAUUUUUUUAAUAUUAUGUAUGUAGAAUGUAUGACAGACAUCAUCGAAAUUGAUACUUCAGCUAUGUAUUAUUCCAUCCAAAGGUCUUAUUAUGUAUAAAUGUUUUUAGAUUGACGUUGACAGUUGAUUUUAGGUGCUUUUUUACUAUUAUACAUAAAGCAUAUAAUGUACAUAACUAUGUAUGAUAAAUCCUCCCAAAUAAUCUAUAGAUGUCUGAAGGUACUACUGAUAUUUAUUUUUAAAGUUAUAAAUAGGUAAUUUAAUGUAAAAUUAUAUUAAUUGUGUAAAAGCCAAAGGCAUUAUUAUUAAGAUUGAUAUAGGUCUAUGUGUUGGCUUAAUUAUUAUUAUUGAAUAAUAACUAAAUGAAAAUUUAUAUAACCGACGUUAAAAAAGGAGAAGUUUCUCAAUUCGACGCGUAUGGUACGCUAAUGGUGUAUUACGCCGUUUUUGAAAGAAUUUUAUGACUAACUAAUUAUUCUACACAUUAUACUAGACAUACAGUAUGUAUUAUACUACUAUUUCCUAGUAGUCUGAGACGGGUAUGAUGUCAGGUUGCGCGACUUGCUUCCGUGUAGAGUGGGGAGUUAGAGAGGGAUACCGAUCGAUUGCCGGGAACACCUAUCUAUACAAGGCGCUCGUCGUGCGGUCGGCUUUAGUAUGCUCGUAGCGUUCGAGCCGUCCACAUUUCUUGUUGUGUAUUUUUUUAUGGGUUCAUUGGGAUAGGCGGGGAGAGUGCCUUGAGUGGAAAAGGGGAGUAUUUGUUAACAGUCAAAGAAUCCUUUAACCCUGCACAGAACAUUCACAAGUCCGUGACUCCACUCAAGGUCAUUCUCUUCCAUUCCAGGGUCUUAUUUUGGUUACAUUUUGGUUUGAUUUGUUAUUUAACUUGUCCUGACAAAUAUUGUGAAACAUAACCUUUGUUCGACAUUGGUUUACUUAUUUUUGUAAUUCACUCCUGAGUCUGCUAAAAGUAUAUUACUGUAUAUUACUUUAUAAUAUUAGAAUAGAUUUGUAUUAAAUACAUAAUUGAUGUAUUUUAAAUUAGUUGUCAUAAUAAUAUGGUAUAAUAUACCUAGCUAUGAAUGUAAAGCCUAAUUAUAUAAUUUCUGAAGCAGUUUUGUCUAAAGCCAGAGCAUUAUAUUGCUUUAAUAAAGUUCCUAAUUUAUCUAUAAUAUUUGUUUGCCAGUUAAGCUUAGUAGGCAGCUAUCUAAAAGUGAACAGGCCAUUUCAUGGAAAAAUCAUACGUACCUAUAUAUUUAUAUGGCAUACAUAGUUUUAUAUAUGUACAAUGAUAAAUAUUUUUUGGUAAAUAUUUAAAGAUUGGCAUGUCAAUAACUAAUUAUUUAUUAAAUGUUAUGUACCUACUCGUAUGUUAAAUUAAGACAUUCAUAAAAUUUUCAUUUAUGUAUUAUGGGUUGAGUUGAAAGGAAGAGUUGGUUUUGCUUAUAUGAUAGUUAUUUGCACUACCUACAGAUUGGAAAAUCUAUUCAGAUCGUGGAGAGACGAACAUCUUAGCAUUCUAUGGAUUCACCGUGCAGGUGCCGGUCCAUCGCGUGGUAGAGAGAAAAAGUCCGAGCUGAGUCCUGGACUUGUGACUACAGGGUGUAGGGUUAAGGAAUUCCUUGACGAUCGAUUAACGCUCCCCGUUCUCUGCUCGUGUCGUUCCCCUGCCUAGCCAAAUUUGAUAUGAUUCUAUUAGAGCAGCAGCUUUGGAUACCCGUUCUAAUAUAGAACUUGUUGCAGUUCUAGAGAGGCCAAGGUCUUUAAGUAAGUUAUAGAGAUUUUGCUAGUAAUUCUCUCGCACCUGUACUGCUACGGCGUACAGACCAACUACAUAGCCAUUUUUAGUUAGUUCAUUUGUUAGGUCUUAAUAUUUAUUCACUUUUAUACUGUGGUCCUUCUGAAUGUUAGUCUCCCACGGCACAGUAAGCUCAACAAGUACUAGUUCGUUUGGAAAAAAUAAAAAUGUCUGGUCUAGAUCUUGAAAUAGCAACAUCCUCUGGGAUUUUAUAAUGAUUUUCAUACGUAUCCAUUCAGUUCAAUCAGGUGCAGAAUCUAGAAUUGAAUAGGGUUUAGGUACUAGAGGAAUUCUAUUUACAUUAUAUGUAUGUAAAAUGUAAUAGGUACAUAAUUAUGUAAAUUAUAGAAGUAUUGAAUUAAGGAUUUAAAGAUGAUUUUGUUAAUAGCGGUAUCUAAUUUAUAGUUUAUUUUUUAAAUUAUAAACCUAUAGAGAAGGAGAUCUUCUAUUUUCGGAAGACGGUUUGGCUUGUAAGGUGUACAGACAGGCAUCUGCGAAGCAGGAACUUAUCAUCUGAUAAUAAUGUACACUAAGUUAAAUAAUAAUAAUAAUUUAACAACUCAUUUUCGCUGUGCUGUCCCUUUAGGUUAUACACACAAAAACGUAUGUGAUGUUAACUUUACUACUACAAUUCGUUUCACGUAGGAUGGCAAGGGUGACAGUUUGUUUCACUCUUGAAAGUUUGUCGCGAUUCACGAUAGCAGAACGUAUUAUGAACCGUAUGAGGCGACUGUCAGCGUACCCAUGCUAUCUGAAAAACACUUUAGUACUCCUAUAUUUACCUACCUAGGUACCUAUAUUUACUUGAAUGACCACAUCACCCUUUGCAAUUUUGACAUGUCACGAGUAUAUCGCACUAUAAGGCUUGGCAAAUUCGUCCGUAACACUCCUGAUGGUUCGCGCGGGCCGGGAGGGGUUAGCGUUGCCCCGCGCGCACGUCUUCAUCGCGCAGUCAUUCUCUCUGCCCCGCGCAGUCCUUCCCCCCCUGUCGCCCGCAUAUUAUGGAAGUGUCAUCAACGGACUUGCCAAGCUAUAAUCUGUAUAUUUUCGCACUUUUAUUUUAGACUUUCCGACUCCAUCAUCAGACUGACUCCAUAUUAUUUUGUAAUGAAUGACAUGACAUCAUUAUGGCUAUGUUUCGGAGACUAUAUGUCCAGGAAGCUUUAAAAUACCAAAGAUAAUAUACUAGCCAUUUAAAAACAUUAGUGUUAUUUUUUACAAUAAAAUGCCAUAAUGUUUAUUUUUAAUUUAGGAUUAAAUGCAUGCCAAUAAUGCAUUAAGAAAAACUAAGGGCCGACUGAUGCUUAGGGCCCGAUUAUCCAUUAAGCAAUGCGGCAACUGUUAGGCCUAGUUCGGACUACUUUAGUAUUUUAGUCGAGUACAAACGAUUUUUGGCUGGUAAAUACAAAAAUUGUUCCGUUAUUCCUUUACUCAUGUAUCCUAUAAUAAAAAAUAACUGAAAGGCCCCUAGACAUGGUUAAUCCGGCCCUGUCCUGCCGAUCGUAUCACGCGUAUUCAAAUGCCAUCUUUUAUAUUAGAAAGCAUCAAUCUGAUGGCUAUAAUUUAUUGAAUUAAGAAGCCAUAUUUUUGCUUGCAAAGUUCUUGCGUAAUGUUGUUUUUUUACAAAGACACUAGUUGUAUUUUAAGAUUAAUAUUAUUUUUUGCUGAUUAUCGUCAUCAGUCUACGUUUAGCCAUGUUAUUGCAUUGGAUAAACGUACGUAACAAGUCAAUCCAUGCAUUUAACAUUAAGUUAUGUCAAUCCAAGAAAUAAUUUAAGUGACAAUCUUAUGCAUAGUUAAAAUGUAGUAAAUUAUGGUGCAACAAAACGGCAGCAUAAGGUAGGUUUUUAUUAAUUUUAUUAUAUAUUUUGGGCAGAAAACAUUUUUACAAUAAUAAAAAAUAGUAAAUCGUAUUAAGCGUAGGCCACACUAGUGCGUAUGUAUGUCUAUCACAUCAGUGUGACCUCCGUUUAAUUUCCUUAUUAUAAGAUGUGUUAUGCAGCAAAAUAUUGUUUUGAUAUUUUAUUGUCUUCCAAAAAUAAAUAUAAUUUUGAAUCCUUUUGGUUCUUAAGCGAUAAUAAGAAUAUUGUAUUUAAAAUGUGUUAUACAUAAUGGUAACAUUAAAUAAACUUACAUAAGCUAUUUAUUUUAUGUA